CAAAACUGACUUUCAAUAACUUCUAGGUCAUAACGGUUGUUGUGCCGUGUCAACCUGGGAUGGGUAGCCUGUGGGGGAUCAAUGAAAUCCAAUAUGGCCGAAAAACAAAGACUGGAAUGGCGGGCAAAACACUGUAAAGAAAGAGUGGUCUGUUGAUUGAUAAGAGCAUAGAGACGAGUGAAUUGUUACAUUUAUUGCUGCAGGGAUCUUUUGGUUUUGUUUUGUUAAUCCAAAAUGGUUCUUUUCGCGAUGAUCACUCGAGUGUCGGACGGAAUGGCGCUGUCGGCUUCCACGGAUCUCGAUAUGCACUUUGAACUAAAAGAAAGCAAGAAGUACGCCAAGACGCUGGCUAGAAAGGCAAAUCAGUACCCUACCAGAUGUACCAUGAAAUGUGGAAAUCACUCAAUAUAGUAAGAUCUUUUAACUUUCUUAAUGACUGACGUACAUGUGUGCAUAUUUUAUGUGUGGGGUAAUACACGGAAAUCUUGUUCGUAAAAAAUUUCAUGAAUUUUAUUUUAUUAAUUGAGCUCAUACUCUCUAUAAUAGUUAUUACUAGCAGUAGUAUAGAGAUAUUUCUUGUUUGUAAACAUUGUUUUUGUUAUUCAAAUGUGCCAACCAGUGAAACAAAAGAACCCAUUGUUUCAGGAUCAAAGCUAAUAAUCUCCUUGUUAGAAAAUAGAAAGUGUCUAGAUACCCGGCAGCUGUGAACUGUUUUCAAAGAACUUACCGGGCAGUCAGAAAUUUUGACCAAUUUUCUUGAAAUAGCUCGUUUAAUUCCUCUAAGAACAUAAGAUAUUUGUUUAGGCAUCUCAAGCAAUUGUAUAAAUAAAGCCUUUGGUUAAAAGUAGAAGCGACUGUCGAGCUUGGGCAUAGAGUGAAAUCUCAAUGUUUUCGACACUUAGAAAGUAUUCAAGUUCUGACACACUGAGUCAGCUCUCGAUGAACAUCCACAGAAAUUAUCAAUGAAACCUCACCAGAGUAUUCAGUGUUUUUUAAGAAAUGCCAAGCGAUUAUAAAUCUUUCGUAUUGUUGUGGAUUCUCUGAGCUUGCAUUAAGUAUAUUCUUUAGAAUCUUGAAUCACAGGUACAGUUUUCAAAAUACUUGAUGCCCAGCAGUCGGAAAUUCAUGUACAAUUUGCAUGAAAUAUCUUAUUUAAUUUGUGUAAUAACAUCAGGAAGUUGUUAAAUUAGAAAACUCAAGUGAUUUCAAACACUGCUUGGGGCUUGAAGUAGAGGCAUGUUGGUGGGCUUUCGCUAGCUUGGUGUUUUCGGUCAUUUUAUGUAGCUUUAUUUGUACCAUUAUCUCAAAAUUUGCGACACACAAUUUGCAAGAGUCUUGGGCUCACAUUUUUUAGAAGUAAAAUCUCAGGUUCAGAUUGUUAAAAACACUUAAGUCUCAGUCUUGUCCUCUUUCUCGAAUUUUGAAACCUGCAGGGUCUGGCAUUUUCUUAAAGUCUCAAAUUUACCUUUCUAUACCCCUUGCUCUGGACCUACCACUGACUAAACUACAGAAUGCAGGGUCAAUGCAAAUGCAUUGGCUCAUUUGGCUUGAUUGCAACUUCAUAGUUUAUAAGCAAGCCCUCCAUUGCCAAGCUAACUGGGAAAAACCAACCACCUACAGUCUCAGACAAAAAUAGUUGGGACACUUUAACCAAACGCUUUUUUUUUCCUUCUCGUGCUCCCCUCCUCCCUCUCAAAGUUGUUUAUCGCGGUUUGGUCACCAAAUCUUGUGCACCAACAUUGAGGCGACAAGGAGACCCCAACCUGUCCCAACCAUUUUGACUGAGAUUGUAGGUACCCAAUACUUAACGUUCAAAUAAUUCCUUUCUUCUCGAUUUAAAUGUUCUCAAAACAUAGCCAGUCUUAACAUUUUAAUGGUGCUGACAGUUUCAACAGCUUCCUUUUCUUUUCAUUGGCUGAUGAGCUAAACAAGUGCCCCUUUGCCCCACCCCCCUACCUCCAAGAAAGAAAAAAAUAGUCCUGUAUCCUGAUUACAGAGGUUGCUUUCUUCUUACCUAUUCAACAAUAUUGAGUCAUGAACCAGUGACAGUAAGGUUUUCCUUAGGUUUUCUUCUGGUUCUGCCUCCUAUUUAAAGAAAGAAAAUCUCUGAGAUCAGGAUAUGAAAAUAAUCACAGGUUUGGCUGCUUCUGCGACGAAGAUCUAAAAAGCAAAACCCAGUGAGGGUGUUUGACCUUUAUCCAGCAUUCAUUAAUAAUGCCACAGAGUGUUUUCAUUCUCAUUCUCAUUCUUAUCAGUGUCAUCAUCAUCAUCAUCACCAUUAUCAUCAAAAUCUUACAAAACUCAAGUUAAGGUUCCACUCAAACCUUGGUUCACAUUUUUAUUUUAUUUUCUUAAAGUGCAUUUUCAUAGUCCUUACUAUUCCCUGGUAAAAAGAAAAUAAACUUGAACCAAGAUAAAUUUUGUUCCAAUGCAUCAUGAUAAAUAUUAUAUUAAUUUUUUUCUCGGUAAUACAAUGCUCCAGCUGGCAUUGUUUGGCCUCAAUAGUAACUUAAAAAGUGACUUAACUUUCAUCUCAUCUUUUGUAAAGAAAGAAUAUUUGUGCAAAAAAAGCAAUGCAAUUCCAAACAGAGGAAGAACCAGUUACUUAAUGAACAGCAAAAACCUUAUUAGUCAUUCGAUUUUCCUCCCUCUUCUCAUGCUCCUAACAUUUUAACAACUAAAAUUUAUUGCAUAAUUUUUGGUAACAUAAUCAUUUGUAACAUGUACAAUGUAUUUAUUGAUGCUUUCCUUUCAGUUUUGUUAAAGCAGUUGGAGUUUGUUUUAUGGCUGUUUGCGAAGGAUCAUACCCUGCAGUUUUAGUGUUUAGUUUUCUUGAGGAGCUUCAACGUGAAUUCACCAUAACAUUUCAGAGCCAUGAUGUCCAGAAAGCAAGGCGGCCUUAUUCAUUUGUGGAGUUUGGUAAGCAUUUUUUUUAUUUUACAGACUUGUUAAAUUACUAACUAAAUAUUAUUUCACUUUUUUUUUUAAUCUUUUCUCAGACUCAUUCAUCCAAAGAACCAAACAAAGAUACAAUAACACGAGAACAUUGACCUCACGGCUCAACUUAAGUGAGAUGAGCGAAGACCUGCACAAUAAUCCUCCAUUUCAAAUUUCACAAACAGAACUGGGACCAGAUAACAGUGCAGAUAUGAAGACCUAUAAAACGGGAGGUAUGAUCAUGCUUUACUUUUAUUUGACGACAAAUUGAAUUAUUCUUACUUUGAUGUGCAGCAAUGUUAUAUCACCUUUGACAAAGGCAAAGACAUUCUGUGUUAUCUGAGACCAUAAUGGCAAAGGCAUUAGUAAGAGCAGCCUUUACCAUGCCUGACGUUAAUUUAUGCACCGCUAGCUAAAACCAGCGACAAAAUUGUUGAGAAACUGUCCUCAAAUGUGGUAACUACAGCUGUAGGAUAAGAGUCCACAUUCACACUGGCAUAACAUUGCGUGGAGGGGGUUGGGGAGGGAUAGCUUCAUUCCCUUUUUGAAGUCAGCACAAUGUCAGAAAGACCUUUUAAUUGAGGGCAAAACAUACAAUUUUUUCGCCCAUCAUAGAUAAAAGGGCAUUAAAUACCAGCAUGAAUAAAUGAAAAUUUCUUGCAGGACCAUCAAGGCGGCUGGAACCCUUGACGUGGCAGAGUCUUAUGAUCUGUGUCUUAGCAGGCAUCUGUGCACUACUUAACUUUCUUAGAUGCAUCCCAUUUUUAAAUGUUAUUGUUAUUGAUGAAGAGGUAAGAAUAUGCAGUAAAGUUUAUAGAAAGUAUGUGUGUACGGUUUAUGCACACGGGUUGUUGACGUAUCUGAAGAAUGAGUGAGAUUUUGCAGUGAAUGAGUAGGAGUGCGUGAAUAUACUGUACAAAGUACUUUCCAUGUGGAUUUGUGUUUAUUAUGUACAUACUGAGACAUUCAACAUUUUGUUAGUCUUUUAUCUCAAGUCCUUCCAAAAUGCUAAAAUAUCCCACUGCACACCACAAAACAACGUAGAACUGAAAACAAAGUAAAUCAUUAAAAACCUUUGUAAAAAUUAUAAUUAAUGAGGGUUAGGAAAUGAGGUAAUCCAGGAAUUACAAUUUAUGUUAACUUUUGUUCUCAAUGUACAAUUAAAAAUGAAUGAAUUUGAUUGAAACGGCCAUAUGGAAUAUAAACAGAAGACAAAAUAGCUGCUAUAAAGAGUACAUCUUAACAUUAGCUUACUUCUCAUUCUGUUUUUUUUCCCCAUGCCAUUGUUAAUUCAGUUCCCUGUUAUCUACAAUUUCUUCAUUGACAGUGAAAUAAAAGACAAUUAACUGUUCCACUCCAACUUCCAAGAUUUUAAUUUGUUGUUUUAAUUUUUUUUUAGGCAAAUGAUACAUGGUUCUCAGCCUCUGGGUUUUUUCUGGCUGGCAUUCUUAAUUGUUGUCAGGUACGAACUGUAGUUCAUAUUCCAACAUUUGCAAGGAAUUGCAAAUUGCAAGGAACUGUUUCAACCCACUUUGCAGCCUUUUUAAUGGGCGCAAGAAAGAAUGAGCGUGCGCGAGGCAGACACGCGUAGGAAGAGGGACACGUGUCUCCCACGUGUGGGCGCGCGCGAGGGAGACACGUGUAGGAAGAGGGACACGUGUCUCCCACGUGUGUGCCUGUUCUUUCUUGUACCCAUUAUUUCCUAGCGCCUACUACACAGGCUACACAGUGGGUUGAAACAGUUUAAUUCUUGCAAUUUAACCAAAUUCAACCAUUAAGAUCACUAGCUAUGAAAUUGAAUCAAACGUCCAUUGAAAUUAGUUUUUUAAAAAAUAUUUAAUUAACACAGCAAGUGCUCAAGAAGGUGUGAAUAGGAUUUUUAUCAGCAAUAGUCAGUGUUUUGAAAGCUACUCAACUUGUCACUUUUUAAAGUUUUACAUGCUGAUAAAUAAAGGUGGACUGGGCCAUUGACAAAAGCUGGAUCAGACAGACCAGAUCAAACUCUAGAUUCCCACGCAAACCCCAGGCGUCUUAGCUCCACAAAAAUAUAAGAGCUGACUUAUGAUUGAUUAAAAAAAUUCUAACGUCACGGAAAUUGUUUCCCAGCUCGGGAUCGCAAGCGCCCUUUUCUCAGCAGGUGAAACAAGAGCCAAAAAAAGCAGGGGCGGCGCCGGGAAUUUUUACUUGGUGGGGCACAACUAAGAAGUGUAUCUCAGUUAUUGACGCGAUAGCUCCAGUGAUGAGCGCCGAAGGUACGAGAAACUAGGGGGGUCCGUGGGCAUGUUCCCCAGGGAAAUUUUGAAAAUUUAAGUACACUAGGAUGCAACCUAGUGCAAUCUGAACGCUAGAAUUUGGCAAACAACAGGAUUUCAUUGCCGUCAACAAAGUAAGAAAAUACGAACAUUAACCACAAUGGACUGUUGAUGUCUUGCAAAGUUUAUUUUCACGUAGAACGACCAGCAUUGCAGUAUUGCGCUUGCCGAAUUUAAUAUGUCUUCGAAGUAAGAAAAACUUAAUGACCUUUUCCAGCUGAACAAACAACGUCUUACUUUAGUAGAAAAUUAUCAAUUGUCAGUUUAUUUUAGCGUUCAAUACAUGGUUUGAGAAAGUUUUAAUUGACAUCAAAUUUUUAGCCUGCGAGCAAGCUCUCCAUUUGGGGGAUAUCGUGAAAAGUACACGCGCGAGAGGCACGCGAGAGUAGACGCGACUCUCGCGGCUUCGCCGCUCGCUCGCGCGUUCUCGCGCGGCUCGCUUCGCUCGCCCAAAUAGGAGAGCUUGCUCGCAGGCUAUCAAAUUUUCCAAAGGGAUUUUGCCUGAUAGCGCUAUCCACUGGAUAAAUCACUAUCCAGUGGAUAACGCAAUUAGUUUUCGUAAUACUCAUCCAUUUGGAAAGCGUUUUAUCCGGCGGAUAGCGCUAUCCAACUUUUGAACAACCGGGGCCUGGAUUAGACAGCCAGCUAUCUGUAAUUCGUUUGUACGAUUGUACACAUUAUUGUUGUCUAAUCAUUUUAUUUCUUUUAAUUUACAGCUUUACCUUCUUCUAUUCUCAGUGAGAUGGAGAAUGUUAUUAGCCAGGUUAUCCCUAGUCUUGUUGCUGCUAUGUAUCUAUUGGCUGCGAGGUCUUCGUAACAUCUGGCAGAUUCUCUUUCAUGUGACCGUCGCUUCUAUUGUGUUAUAUCAAACAAGCAAAAGGCAACUACAAGAAAAGCCCGCGGACUAUAAUGUUUGAAAGAAUUAGCAAAAUAUAUGGAACAUUUUAAUAUAAAAAGAUCUAAUAUCAAUACAUGAACAACUUUAAGCCCAGAUAAGGGUACUUGGAUGUGAUGGUGGUUAGGAUGUAUAAAUGUAGCUGCAAAGCCGGCAGUCCAAUUUUUUGUGGGGGCGUGUGCAAACAAACUAAGCUGGACGGUCGUUCUGGCGUUUGCUGACGUCAUAAUAAAUAUUUUUUCGGGAUCCAUAGGUUUCCAUUUUCUAUAGCUUCGUAUUUUUAGCGUCUCUCCCCAGUCUCGGUCUCUGUUUUCAGCCUCGUUCCAGACCUUUUGUUUGACUGCUCGCGCGUACUUGAAUACGCAAAAAUUAAGGACUAUUUUGCAGUCUAGCUUUGCCGCUAAUUUGUUUGCACGUUCGCAAAAAAAAAAACAAAAAAAAACAGCUGCAAAGGCUACUAAAUUGUUUAUUUGAUGCCUCCUGCCCCAUAAGUCUCACGAGUUAGGCUGAGACAAAGACCAGAAAAGUUUUUAAUGAUCCAAGAGGUAAUCCAAAAUAUAUCCUCUUUUUCUCUGCAUAACAAUCAGUUCACCCAACAAAAGUCGCCACAAAUUUUCUAAUCAU